CUUCCGGCGGUCAAAGGUAAACUACCCUUUCAAACAUGGACUCCAAUAGCACCGAAGACAAUAUGAGUGGCGAUGGAGACAUCACUUCUGUCAUGGGAUUCUCUGGAUUUGGAAAGAAGGCCCGCACGUUUGACCUCGACGCCAUUUUUGAACAGACCCGAAGGACUGCCAUCGAGAGGAGUCGGGAUGUGUUAGAUGCCAGACAAAAAGCGGAGGAGGAAGGGGAAAGUUCCACAUCCGUCCCAAUGCAAAAAUACAAAACGAUUGCACCAACGGCCAAAACGAAACAGGAAGAUGAUAGCAGCAGCUCAGACUCGGAGCCUAUUGGUCCUCCUUUACAAAAAGAGGAUGACGGGGACGAUGAUGAUGUUGUGGGACCGCCUCUUCCACCCGGGUACAAAGGCAGCAGUGCGCUAAGUGAUGAUGAUGAAGAUGACGAGGAACAAGAAGAUGAGGAUGAUGAUAAUCCUGUAAAGAAAAUUCCUGACACACAUGAGAUCACUCUCUUGCACGGUACCAAGACGGUGUCCGCCCUCGCCUUAGACCCUUCCGGAGCCCGCCUUGUGAGCGGCGGGUACGAUUUUGAUGUCCGCUUCUGGGAUUUCGCCGGGAUGGAUCAGGCUCUGCAGGCCUUCCGGUCCCUGCAGCCGUGCGAGUGCCAUCAAAUCAGAUCCUUGCAGUACAGCAUCACAGGGGACCGCAUCCUGGUAGUGUCAGGAAACGCACAGGCCAAGGUGUUGGACCGUGAUGGUUUCAAUGUGAUGGAGUGCAUCAAGGGAGACCAGUACAUCGUAGACAUGGUCAACACCAAGGGCCACACGGCAAUGCUGAACGAUGGCUGCUGGCAUCCUAAAAUGAAGGAGGAGUUCAUGACGUGCUCCAACGACGGAACCGUACGUACAUGGGAUGUAACCUCAGAGAAGAAGCACAAGUCUGUGUUUAAGCCCCGCUCCUUCCAAGGAAAGAGGGUCAUCCCCACGUGUUGCACCUACAGCCGCGAUGGGAAGCUCAUCGCUGCCGGCUGCCAGGAUGGCACCAUCCAGAUCUGGGACAGGAACCUGAGUGUCCACACAAAGUACCACAGUCGCCAAGCCCACAUUCCAGGAUCUGACAUCUCCUGCCUCGCCUUCUCGUACGACGGCUUGAUCCUUGCGUCACGUGGAGGUGAUGACACGCUAAAAAUUUGGGAUAUACGCAACUUCAAGAAGCCAUUGAAUAUGGCUAACGGGCUGACAAACUACUUUCCUAUGACGGACUGCUGUUUUAGCCCUGAUGACCAGCUUCUUGUGACGGGCACCUCAGUGAAGAAAGACGAAGGUCACGGGAAACUGGUGUUUUUUGACCGAGCUACCUUUCAGCGGGUCUAUGAAAUAGAUGUCACUAAUGCGAGUGUGGUGCGCUGCUUGUGGCAUCCGAAGCUCAACCAGAUCAUGGUGGGAACUGGAAACGGGCUUGCCAAAGUCUACUACGAUCCAAUCAAAAGCCACAGGGGGGCUAAGCUGUGUGUCGUGAAAAGCCAGCGAAAACAGAAGCACGCAGAGGCCCUGACCCAGGAGUAUGUCAUUACACCUCACGCCUUGCCCAUGUUCAGAGAGGCCCGACAGAGAAGCACACGCAAGCAGCUGGAGAAGGACCGCCUGGACCCCAAGAAGUCCCACAAACCCGAGCCACCUGUGUCCGGACCAGGUCGAGGCGGCAGAGUGGCGGCCCACGGUGGCACGUUGUCCUCCUUCAUCGUGAAGAACAUCGCUUUGGACAAAACAGACGACAGCAAUGCCCGAGAGGCCAUCCUUCGUCACGCCAAGGAGGCUUCGGAGAACCCUUACUGGGUGGCUCCGGCUUACAAGAAGACCCAACCCGAUCCUAUAUUUGCAGAGGAUUCCGACGAGGAUGAGGAAGCUGAAAAGGAACCAGAGUGGAAAAAGCGUAAGAUCUGAAGCGCUUUCUGGAACAUUCAUUUAGCCUCGGAGCAGGCGGGAGGCUGCUUAUCGGACACCCGGUCAAGGCCAGAUCAGAGGUACUGUCUGGCUCCAUUAUUGACUACAAGGGCCUGGGUGUCACUGCUCGUAUCUUUUUAGAGUGUACUCUACUCUACUCUACUGUCUUUUUAUGUGUAGUGUAAGUAUAAUAUCUUUCAGCUUUAUGUUCCUAAGACCAAAUUCACUUUUUGUCCUCUCAAUCAUGAUUCACAUGCAGAUUUCUUUCGGUUUAGCAGUUGUACAGUCGCUGGUUUGAUUCCUCGUACAUUAUAUGGUAGAAACGUCAUUUUAUUUCCUGCACAACACAUAAUAUUUUAAAUUCAUUAAUGCUGAUUAGUCAGACAUAGUAAGUUUGAUUUACCGUUUAAAGCAAAGCAUACUUGAGCAAGGCAAGGCACAUCCAGUCCUAGUAAAUCAUUUACAAGCUCAUUUUUUUCCAGUGCUAUUAAAAUGCUCUUUUCCACAAUAUAGUUGCACAUAGUGUGGAAAUGUCAAGUACCGUUCAAGUGAGUAAGUCUGGGAGUUCCCUAACUGACCAUGCGCAGUGUCAAUAAAUAUUUGAGUUGCCGUACAUAAUGCAAAGUAUCUUCCUGGAAAGCAUACUUGCUAAAGCCCCGUUUUUAAAAAUAGACCUAGAAAUGACAACACACACACACACUCACACACUCUAGAUAUGGUCUCAUACUGGGUGACUCACAUUGGGUAGAAGUGGUGAGAGUGUCAUCCAAGAAUGUCAUCCAGUUAAUAUAAAAUUCAGACAGAAUGUCUUUUGUGUGACUAGGAGACGGACAUGGUGGGACAAAUAUGGAAGACGACCUUAAUGCUUUUCCCAGUUGGGCUUGAAAGCACCAAGUCUCACACCCUUAUGUAAAGAUACACAUAUAAUAUAAGUUCCACUUGUAUAUUUUCAAGUGACGGUACUACAGAAAUGAAACUUGGAUAUACUUUAGGAGUAGUCGGUAUAAAUUUACUAUCUACUGAAAAUGAGUCAACAAAAUAGCUGCAAUACAAGUGAGUGAACAUGUGAGCUCCACUGCCCUUAAUCCUCUUGGGCACAGAAUACACCAGAGCUGCGCACACUUUACUGGAAUCCUCUUCCAGUCCUCCAUGAUGAUGAUGAUGGCACCGCUGGUGGAGCUGGUUGGUGUGGGUUCAGGUGUGGAGGAGAUGCACUUGGCCACUCUGUCACCUCCUGCUUCCUCAGCGAGGCCCUUUGUCAUCUUGGAGGUGUGUGUGGGCUCCUUAUCAUGUUGGUUAACUGCCUUACGGUCCAGAGAUGUCGUUGUGCACGUUGGAAUUCAUUGUUCCCCCUCAUUGAACCACAGCUCCCCAGGGCCGGAAGCACUCAUGCAGCCCCGGACCAUAUUGUCUGUUUAGCUACUCACCAGACAAUAAUAGUAUUGAGUCAUUUACAUUCAUUCAUUUUUUACCGCUUUUCCUCACGAGGGUCGCGGGGGGUGCUGGAGCCUAUCCCAGCUGUCUUCGGGUGAGAGGCGGGGUACACCCUGGACUGGUGGCCAGCCAAUCACAGGGCACAUAUAGACAAACAACCAUUCACACUCACAUUCAUACCUAUGGAGAAUUUGGAGUCGCCAAUUAACCUAGCAUGUUUUUGGAAUGUGGGAGGAAACCGGAGUACCCGGAGAAAACCCACGCAUGCACGGGGAGAACAUGCAAACUCCACACAGAGAUGGUCGAGGGUGGAAUUGAACCCUGGUCUCCUAGCCGUGAGUUCUGCGCGCUAACCACGAGUCAUUUUCAGUGGAUACUAAAUCAAUACUGCUGUACACUGAGUAUUCUAAAGUACUUUCAAGUUGGAUUUCUGUAAUAUUAGAUGUACUGGAAUAAAAAUUCUUGCUGAAACGUUGGGGAGUUUUGUGAGACACUGUACAUUCACUGUGUAUGAACGUAUUAAGCGUAACAUGUCAGUCAUUGUUUUUACUCUAUGGAAACAGUCUUGACUCACUUCACAGCCACCGCGUUUUUGUUUACUGUACGAUCCCGGGCUGGCGUUCAGGAAUGCAGCGCUGGAAAGGGCCACCCCCUUCUUUAACUAUCCCAACGUUCAUCCUCAAUUUUAUACAUUUAGUUCAUGUAAACAUCCCACGAAAGCAAAUGAGCACCAUGUGUCACAAUCCUGGUCUGAAGCAAACGCUACACAUUUCAUAGAAACAAGUUUUAAUUCUGUAAAAAGUUUUAUAAUAAAAAAAACAAUGAAUAUUGUACAAAAAUAAAGUUUGCCCAUAGCUUUGGUUGUGGAACACAAAACAACAAUGACAGGUUCUUUUUUUUUUUUUUGCCCACAUAGAUGCCAAGAAAACGAGCAAGUGACUGUAUUACAAACACUGUGUAGUACAGUGUAUUACAAACACAGAUAAAUGCUUCAUAUGAGAUUUUUCCUUUGCCGCUUUGUGUAUUUAAGUCCAACUGGGUUUCCCCAAUGAUCAAGAACACAUUUUCUCAUUUGGGAAACCCUGCACUAGAAGACUGAGAAACACUGGUUCUGUCUAAAGAAACGGGGAUCCUUCUGGGACAUCUCAGGUGUCAUCUCGGAAAAAAAGAAACUUGUGGAGCAAUCAGUCUUUGUAAGGGGAAGAUGAUCCAAUUGAUGAGUUAUG